AUGGAGAAAUCAACUCUAAUAUUCAUUGCGAUUAUACUUUUUUCAACAUGUACACCGAUUCUAGCAAGAUCAUAUAUGCCUUGCAAGAAGAAUGAAGAUUGCUUUAAACUCAAAUGUCCAGCACCAUAUGGUGGCCCUCAGUGUAUUGUCCUUGGUUGUCAAUGCCCCCUUACAAAACCACUUAUUUGUAAGGAUCUCGAUGAUUGCACUGAAUAUUGCAGGUCAAGAGGUCAAGACGUCGAUAACUGUUCUGAGGGCUUUUGUUACUGUCUCAUACCUCCCAUGUAG